CGUGUCCCGGGAUACGCACGCCGUAUAGCUUUUCCUUUCUCGUUCGGCUGGUCAUGUCGACUCGACAUAAACAAGACCAAAGGGGCCAUUGUACUGGCUGUGGUCACUGUCGAGUUUAUACCAGUAUACCCGGCGCAGUCGAGGAAAUAGGUUCCACCCCCCGGCCGCAACAGGCACCGAUUGGAGUUGCUUUCUGAUGUUAUUUAUUUGCGUAUUUAUUGUGGAUGAUUUACAUUUUUCGGUCACAGAUCAUCUAUAAGGUUUCCAGUCAGCUGCUAAAAAUAUAAUCUGCACAGCAGGGGAGGUCCCAAAAGCCAGGGAGGAGCAUGAGUUGACGUCACCCCCCUCUUCACCUGUGAACCCCAGCAUUUUUCACCGGACGCCUCCAGCAUUUCAGCCAGUCAGCACCACACGCCCCCCCAGGCAUCCCACCGCCAUGGCCAGCAAGAGGAAAUCCACCGUCCCCUGCAUGAUCCCACCCAAAAUCAUCCACAUGGCAGAGGAGCAGGAAGCCAGCCUUCCCGACCGUCUACCGCCUCCUGCCAAGGAGACUUUCAUCCGCAAAGAGGAGGAGGAGGAGCAGGCCGUGAGGGCACAGGGCUCCAAGGAUGUAAGUCAGUCCUCCUGGCCUGAGGGGGGUGAUGUGCAGCAGGCAGGGGACUCUUACAGCUGUCGGCCCUGCCAUUUCGAGUCCCAAGAUCUCAACCUGUUCCUGGAUCACGUCUACAGCGGUCACCCGGAUUUUCGGGCCGACCCCAGCUUCUACUGCGUGGACUGCGGGGUCUCCACCGAGAAGUUCGAAGGCCUGGCCCUGCACAAUGCGCGGGCGCACCCUAACGUGGGCCUGGCGGGCAGCCCGGUGCACACUGCCCUGCAGGUGAGAAAGAGAGACAGGAGGACGACGGUGGAGCAGAGCUUGGUUGGAGGCGAGGGCUCGAAGGAAUCCGAGAUCUCCAUCACCAAGACGCCUAUCAUGAAGAUGCUGGGAAAGGGCAAGUCUGAGCACAAGAGGAUUGUGGUGUCGCACCCCACAGGGGAGGAGCCUUUGAACCCAGACUCCUUCGGUCAAAAGGAGGGAGAGAAGAAAGACGCCCCAGCCGCCAUGCCCACUUCUGCUGUCGUUCACAACGGAGCAGCGGCUAAGGUCCCGAUUCCUUCUGCUAUACAGAUUGUGAACGGCUCAGGCACCCUUCCCGUGCUUAAAACAGCCAUCAGCCAGGUGGUGACAAUGGUGCAGAACCGCACCCCUCACCAGCAGUCCGCCCCUAUCACGGUCUCCUCUUCCUCCUCCUCCUCCUCCACCACCAGCUCCAGGAACCUGCCCAAGGUGAUGAUCCCGCUGAGCAGCAUCCCCACCUACAACGCCGCCAUGGACUCCAGCAGCUUCCUCAAGACCUCCUUCAGCAAGUUCCCCUACCCGACGAAGGCGGAACUAUGCUACCUGACUGUGGUGACUAAGUACCCCGAAGAGCAGAUCAAGAUCUGGUUCACCGCGCAGCGGCUCAAGCAAGGGAUCAGCUGGUCGCCGGAGGAGAUUGAGGAUUCGCGGCGGAAGAUGUUCAACACCAUCAUCCAGGCGCCGUCCUCCACCCCACCGCAGCAGAGCCAGCACCAGCAGUCACGCCACGCCCAGCACAACCCCGCCCAGCACACCAUCACUGUCCUGCCCACCCCUCUGGGCUCCAACGGCAUCCCCCACAUCCUGCAGGGCAGCCUGAUGGGGCAGGGAGGGGUGAUCGUCACCCAGCCGGUGAUUGCCAACGGGAUCCAAGUUGGCAGCACGCCCGUGACCCUGGCCGUGACCCCCAAGCCCCAGGCCAGGCCACAGAUGCAAGCCAAGCCAGCAGCUGCGCUUGUUGCUGACAAGGGGGUCAGCAUGGUCGUGGGAGCCGUGGGCAGCAGCAGUCGCAUCACCAGCAGCAGCAGCAGCAGCAGCAGCACUAGUAGCACCAGCAGCCACACCAGCAUUCGCAGUAACGGUGCCAACAAUGGCAAUAGCAGCACCAGCAGCACCAGCAAAACCAAUGGCGACGGUGGAAGCAAGGCAGCGGAGGCGGUGGCGCUGCCCGCCCCCAAGGUCGCCCACAGCUCCCGCACUCUCCCCAGCAGCUUCCUGGACCCCAGUUUUUACAAGAGCAAGAAGUCGCAGGAGCAGCUGGGCGCCCUCAAGCAGAGCUUCGUCCGCUGCGAGUUUCCGGGACAAGAGGAGGUGGAGCGGCUCACCAAGAUCACGGGCCUGACAGUCCGGGAGGUGCGCAAGUGGUUCAGCGACCGCCGCUACCACAACCGUAACCUGAAGGGUUCACGCCCCGGCGGAGGGGUGCUGUUUGGGGGGAGCUCCCUCCUCGACCUCACCGACAGCCCCUCCCCAACGGGGAGCCCCAAACCCCAGCAGUCCUCACGAAGCCCGCCCACAGCGUCGAGGCGAGCCCCCCAAGCCCAGGCCCCAGAUUUCACUGCCAUCCGCUACAAGGAGCGGGACCCCCAGCAGGUGCGCGCCCUGGAGGCCAGCUUUGCCCUGGACCCGCUGCCCUCCACGGAGGAGGUGGACAGGCUGCGGGCGGAGACCAAGAUGACCCGGCGAGAGAUCGAUGGCUGGUUUGCAGACCGGCGGAAGAGGUCGGUGCCCAAGAGGAAAGGGGAGGACGAUGAGCAGGAGGAAGAGGAAGAGAUGGAGGACGAGGAGGCUGACGAAAGCAGGGACAGGAGCCUUGCCGGUGAAGAACGGAAGCUCGACGCGGAGGACCCGUUGCAAGGGACGUCGACGCAGCAGCACGGCAAAGAAGAAAAGGGCAAGGACGAUGCCCUCGGCGGCUCAGGGCCCAAGGUCAACCCCAUCAAGAUAAACCUAAAGAUGCUCAAGGUGACCAAGACGGAGGGCAAGCCCGAUGCUGACGGCAGCCAGCCCGAACGUGAGCGCGAAUCCGACAGCCCUAAAUCGCCUCCGCUCUUCACCUCUGGCCGUGGCAAGAAGACAGCCGAGCAGCUGCACCUGCUAAGGCAGGUGUUUGCUCGCACCCACUGGCCCAGCAGCCUCCAGUACGACGAGCUGAUCACCAAGACGGGGCUGCCGCGGCCUGAGGUGGUGCGCUGGUUCGGGGACAGCCGCUACGUGUACAAGAACGGUCAGCUUAAGUGGCUGGAGAGCUACCAGCGUGCCGCAGCCGAGGAGGACGCAGCGGCGAAGGAAGACACUACAGUAUUGAAGGACCACCCGACCGGCCAAGGAAAGCCGGGGGAGGAGCACAGCGAGGGGCGCGGGGAGUCUGGCAGGCAGAGCGAGGAGCACGUCCACCGGGGAUUCGGGACGCAGGCGCCCCAGCCGCUGGAGGGCAGAGUGACAGAGGAGGCAGGCCACGUGGACCUGGCGCCUGCUUGGCAGGACCAAGGUGUGACAAAGGAAACGCAGCCCAAGCAGAAUGAGAACAGCGUGGGGACACGAGAGGAGCCUAAUCAGGUCACCAGCGCCCAGGCAGUGAAGCCCAGUUCAGGAGGAGACUGAUGGCGGCCAGGUGACGCUGGUCAAGGGGAAACGAGGGCGGCUGGCUUUCCUGACAGGCGUCGCAGGGUGUGAUCAACAUGACAGCAGAUGUGGAUGUGACAGGAUUGAUGGAGAUGGACUUAAAUCCCAACCCCCCACCUUCCGUCAUCCUCUGUCUUUAUAUAUAUAUAUAUAAAAAAAAAUACACAAAAAGUACAGACAGAGCCUUGCUCUGUCAGCGUUUGGGAUGGCCUUUUUUCAGGUCAGCCUGACGCUUGGGGGCACGUGGAUGGGAGAAGCCACCCUACACCAGAGAGAAACACGCACAGGAAUUGUAUGGUUAUCGACCAAUCACGUAUGUACCAAUCUGGGAGUCGCCAGGAUGAAUGGCAUGAGGAACUCGGAUUGGGAAAUUAAGGGGUAUGCGAUAGGAACUGCACAGCGGAAAAGGUCAAUAGUCAUGGAAUUAAGGGGAUGUUGUUUGUUGUAUUUCUUACUUUUUUAGCAACCAGUACAUCAGCACAGGCUUGAAUUCUGUUUUUCUGUUUUCAUGGAUUUUUAAAUUUUAGGUUUUAUUAGGUUUUGUUUUUCUGUAAUCGGUUACUGUCAGUCCAGAUAUAUUUGUGUAAGUAUUUAGCGGAUCACUCCAUCAGUAUAAAAUUUUCACUGUAAGUCUCUCAAAAGUGUGAAAUAUACCCAACGUACUGGAACACUCAAAUUGUAUCAAGUAAGGGGACAUAAAUCAGUAAUUUGGAGAUCACUACAGCAAAAGGCACUGCCUAUAAUUUUGCACUUAGCAACUAUCAGACUAACACUAACGUUACACAAAUCACUCACGCACACCGACUUGUGAAGAUGAAAACCAGUUAAUGAUCUGAUCACAAAUGUAACAUACCUUUUAAACAGUGUUCAAAUAACAGGGACAUUGUAAAAGAUGUUUGUCCGCUCAGUGGAGACCGUAGAGUAAAAACCUGCUGCAGGCACGGAGUAGAGGAAAUUACGAUCUUGCUACCCCAAAACUGACAAAUAGGCCAACAAUACAAUCACUAAACUGAGAGCUAACGACCGAUGGGAAUCCAACAAAUAUGCAUUUCUGAAAUUUGUGGAAAACUGACAAAUUGUUCAGAGUGAAAAAUAUGUUGAAGUGACCUUUUAUAAAGCAUUUUCAAUAGCUUGUCAGCGUCAAAAAUGUUAGCAAUUUAUUUUUGGUUCGCGAAAUUUGCAAAUAUUCCUGGACUUGCAGAAUUAUGAUUAUUAUGACCGUAUACGACAAUUAUCAAACAAACCGUUCUCCCAGAAUUAUUCAUA